AUGGCCAAAGGCCUCUUCGACACCUGCCAUCGUGAGGUGUACAACGACGUGCCCUUCAGCUACGGCACACAAGGUGCCCUUGUCAAUCACGGUCCUGGCGUCAACUUGGAGAAGUACCUAAAGGACAGAUUUCCCAAGUUGACUGCUCCUGCUGCUGGGACCCUGAGCGAGGUCUUUGUGCACUGCGAGGGCACGGAGUGCAUCGUCGAUGAGGUCACCCAUUCGAAGAGAAAUCCGGACCAAGUCGCCAACGCCCUCGACUUCCUGACCGACAUGGUCAAAAAGUCGGGCAUCAAAGCCGCCGACAUCGCCAUCAUCACGCCGUACGCGGCCAAUGUCGAGCUGAUCAACCGCCGUCGGACGAGGCCCGAGCACGAGGCUCUCUCUACCAUGCCUCCAGCUGCCACCGUCGACUCCUUCCAAGGCCGCGAGGCCGACAUAAUGGUGGUCAUCAUGGGAACAACCGAGGAGGUCGGCCCUGGCUUUACCACCGACCAGCAUCGGCUCAACGUGAUGCUCAGUCGGCAGAAGAGCGGCCUCCUUGUGUUCGGCGACAUCAACGUCGUGGGACGA